AGUCUGGUAAUUAAAUUAGACUUUCCGACAGCCGUGCCUCAAUUUCCCAUCUUACAGGAGUUCAUUUGUCCGUUCCAUUCCCUAUAAAAUACUUCACUUAAAACUCCAUAUCUUGCAUAAAAAUAUUCACCCAAUUCUUCAUUGUCAGUUCUCUAUAACAACAUGGUCAGAUCGAUUGGAGUUAGCUUGGGCCUUGCAUGCCUACUCAUGGCCGUAUCCACCAUUGCUCAAACUCCUGCUGUCCUUGACAGCAGUGGACAGCCACUUACAAGCGGUGUAGAAUACUACGUACUGCCAGCUGCAACCGACACAGCUGGUGGAUUAACCUUGGUUAAUCGAACUGGUUCCUGCCCAUUUUACGUUGGUCAAGAACCACUCCCCACCGUCGCGAAGACAGGCUUUCCUGUCAUCUUCACACCACUAGCUGCUGGAGAGAGUAUUAUCAGAGAGGGAAUGGACUUCAGGGUUGCAUUUUCAGCUGUGACAAACUGUGUUCAGUCCACUACAUGGAGCAUUGGUGAUGAAGAUGCAGAGACUUCAAGGAGAUUUAUUGUUACUGGAGGAGAGGAGGAUUACUUUAGGAUUGACAAAAAUGAAGGUCUGUACAAUUUGGGGUGGUGUCCAAAUUGUAACAGCAUAAAUUGUCCAAGGCCAAGAUGUGGAUUUGCUGGUAUUUUGAUUGAGAAUGGGAAUAGAUUGUUGGCCUUGGAUGGUGCUGCUUUUCCUUUCCAAUUUCGGAGGGCUUGAUUUACUUUUUUUUUUUUUUCCUCCAUGGGAAAAUGUCCAGAAAGCAUAUAAAGCUUUCUUGGCAAACUGUAGUUUAGUAAAUAAAAAAAUGGAGAAGCCUCUUGCUGAAUAAAAUGUACUCCUUUAAUUUUAUUUAUAAUUUGAAUAGAGUAACACUUGCAAAUAA